CGACGGACUCCGCCAGUCCAACCCUGUCGAAGGCGUUGUGAUCGUGGCGCACCGUAAUAGCUCGCAGUGAUCAUGGCCGAGACCACCGACAUCGCGCUUCCUAGCAUCGGCCGCGUCCUGUCCAAGGCAAUGGGCCUCGAGCCUCGCCCGUCAAAGAGGACGCCGGCCGAGGUCGAGGCCGAGCUUGACCAGACCAAGGCGGAGCUCGCAGCGAUCAAGACGCAGCUCAGAACCGUCUCUUCGGCUCUCGACGGCCUCGGCGUGGCGCUGCCGGACGACGAAGAGGACGACUUUGAGGAGCUGCGCCGCGGCACUCUCUUCCCGGGUGCUCCCCACAGCAUCGCCAAGCCCGACCCAGUGGCCACCCAGUCGGUCCUCGGGCCGUACGUGCCCUUCGUCUCGAGCUUCUUCGUUUCGUACAACUUCACUGUCAUCGGCUGGUGCUACCUCUGGAUGCACUCCAUGUACGGCAACUACCCGGCGGCCAAUCAGAUGGCGAACUCGGCCGCCUUCAUCGGCACCUUCAUCGGAAUGCUCGUCUUCGGCUGCCUCGGCGACGUCAUCGGGCGCGACCCGUCCAUGGUGCUCACGCUUCUCGUGAUGGGGACCGGGGCGCUCUUCUCCGGCAUCCUGCCCGCGUCGCCCCUCCAGUCGUCCAUCAUCCCGGGCUACAUGACCAACACGGACGGCUCCCCCGAGGGCGGCGCGGUGGACGUAGCGGUGCUGCUGGCCCUCGAGCAGGAGGAGGAAGACAUGCAGGCGUGGUACCUGCUCAUCGCCUGCCGCCUCCUGAUUGGGGUGGGGUGCGGCGGCGUCUACCCCCUCGCCGCCGCAAAGGCGGCCGAGUCGUGCCACGACGACACCGAUGUCACCGCCAAGGCGACCAAGGCGGGGUGGGCCUUCUUCUGGCAGAACCCCGGCAUCAUCUUUGUCUACGUCAUCGGCCUCCUCCUCUCCCUCGGCCCCGGCGCCGGCGCAUCCUUCCACCCGACCGACACGCACGACAGCGACAACCCGGGGUGGGCGGUCUCGUGGCGCGUGAUGCUCUCCUUCGGCUCGGUCGGCCCCUUCCUGAUGGCCUACGCCGCCGCCCAGUCCGCGCGCGUUGCGGCGGCGUCCUCCGUCGCCAAUCAUCGCCGCCACACCGUGGCGGGCGAGGUCGCGAUGAACCGGCGCCUCUCCACCUCCGUGCUUGGGCCGGAGAAGACGUCGGUCUUCUCGCGCAUCCUCGCGCUCAGCCCGUGGCGGACGCUGCUCGGCACCGCCGGCGGCUGGUUCCUGUUUGACGUCCCGUACUACGGCCUCGCGAUCCUCCAGCCGCGCGUCCUGUCGAUCAUCCUCACCGGGCUCAACGUGCAGCAGCAGGCGCUCGCAAACAUGACCGUCUCCACCGUCGGUAUCCUCGCCACCCUCCUCACCAUGUCGGCCAUCCAGUGCGUCGACCUGGUGACGCUGCAGUGGGUCGGCUUCCUCAUCACGGCCGUCAUCGCGGCCCUGCUGGCCGUGCUCUGGGACGGGCUCAUCGUGCCGCAGGACGGCUGCAAGGCGGCGGCGAGCGGAGGAGGCCACCGCCAGCUCUUCGACUCGUCGCCUUUCCAGCCAGGAGACUUGCGCCGCCUCGACGCGUCGCGCCUCGAGGGCCCCUUCCGUGUGUACGAAGAGGAGGACCCGACGCCGAACGAGGGCUUCGCGGGCUCGCCGACGGCGCUCGGCAUCGCGAUCACCCUGUACGGCCUGCUGUACGGCUCUUUCUGGGUGAUGAACGUCACCACGUACGUCAUGUCGUCGGUCGCCUACCCGCAGGAGGUGCGCACGACGCUCAACGGCCUGUCCAGCGCCAUGGGCAAGAUGGGGGCGAUCACUGGCACGACCCUUUUCGGCGCCAUCCUCAACGGCCAGUGCUCCAACCUCAACGACGCCUUCCUGAGCAUCCUCUUCGUGAUCGCCGCCGUGUGCGUCCUCGGCGCCGCGACCACCGCGUACGGCCUCGCCGGCGCGCAGCAAAAGAAGAAAUCGACUCGCGCGUCCCCCGGGCAUCUGCCCGGCAUCCGCUACGUCGGCGAGAGCCACCACGCGCCCAAGACCCUCGCGUGAGCCGACUCCUGCGAGGAGGCGGCCCAGUCUCUUCCUUGACGUGAGCAAAGGCGAAUGCAGCUACGCUGUGCGAGGAUGAGGUGCAGGGGCGAGGGGGUGGGAGGGGGGGGGGGGGUCUCGGCCGGCGAGGCCCGUUUGCGGAGCCGUCGCCGACGCUGGAGAGCUGACAGCGAGGAUGGUCUCGAUGCAUGUCUACGGUGUCGCGGGAGAGCCUGGCUGACUGCUGUCCUGGCUCCAGCGCGCGGGGAGAAUGGCUGGCCACGGAUACCGACCUUAGUACAGUGGGUCCCCGCGAGCUCUCGCUCGUGUCUCGGAUCUCUCGGAUGAUCCCGAGAACCCUCUGUCGCUGCGGGGACCUCCGUCUAUUACUAUUUAGAGAGAGUCACAAGAGUCAAGACUUGUGCUGUAAUGGAAUGAAGUAUUGGGCGUCAUCC